ACAUCUUUUCGUAGACAUUCUCUCUCGAUCUUUAGUUUUCAUAACUCAUCUUCUUUUUUACUUUGUUUUUUUUUGGAAGAUGAAUAUCUCCGUCGAAAACCCUGUUUUUGUACAUGAGGACUCGACAACGCAGAAGACCGGAGAGUUACGAUUGGACAGCGACAUACCAAUGUCGAAGAUAUCAUCCGAUGAUGAAGUGUUUUUGGCUCCUGAGAUGAACGCAUUUGGUCGUCAAUUCAGAGACUACACGGAUACAAACAGCGAGAGGCAAAAGAGCGUCGAACAUUUCUAUGCAACACAACACACUAACCAAACUUUAGACUUUGUACAGAAAAUGAGAAGUGAGUAUGGAAAAUUGGACAAGAUGGUGAUGAACAUUUGGGAAUGUUGUGAACUUUCAAAAGAAGUGGUGGACGAGAGUGAUCCCGACCUCGACGAACCACAAAUUCAACAUUUGCUUCAAUCUGCGGAAGCAAUCCGUAAAGAUUAUCCUAACGAAGAUUGGCUUCAUCUCACUGCGCUUAUCCAUGAUCUUGGGAAGGUUCUUACCCUACCACAGUUUGGAGGGCUUCCUCAAUGGGCUGUUGUUGGUGACACAUUUCCUGUUGGGUGUGCAUUUGAUGAAUCUAACGUACACCACAAGUAUUUUAUGGAAAACCCUGAUUUUAACAACCCUAAGUACAAUACCAAAGCUGGAAUUUAUUCUGAAGGCUGUGGACUUGAAAAUGUUCUUAUGUCAUGGGGACAUGAUGACUACAUGUAUCUGGUGGCCAAGGAGAAUGGAAGCACCUUACCAUCCCCGGGACUAUUCAUCAUCCGAUACCAUUCCUUUUAUCCAUUGCACAAGGCUGGAGCUUACACUCACCUUAUGAACGAGGAAGACAAGGAGAAUCUCAAAUGGCUUCAUGUUUUUAACAAGUAUGACUUAUACAGCAAGAGCAAAGUACACGUCAAUGUCGAGAAGGUUAAGCCGUACUACAUGUCUCUUAUCAAGAAAUAUUUCCCGGAAAAUCUGAGGUGGUGAAAACGGCAUCGAGGCCGUCCAAAAAAAGUCUACUAUUAGAAAGAUAAAAUGGUGUGUGUGUUUGAUUACUUGUCGUUUAAGCAUAUUAUUGCCCAGUUAAUAAAGUUGUAUUGUUACAUUAGCUAAUGUUAAUGCUAAUGUUGAUACAAACGGUAAUUGUAUCUCGUCUGUCCUAUUAUAAACUAAAAUGAUAUUUUCUUCUUUCAUCUUCUGCUUUAAAAAAUUUAUUUAUUAUGGUCUGUCGUAUUACACUAUUACUUUUUUAACCAAAAAAAAGUAUUACACUAUUACUGAGAUUUUUUUG